AGUGUGAUUUUGGUCAUUUUCGACUGCAAAAGUACAAAUUGCAAUUUUUAUUUAUUUUUUACCUCGUUUUUUACCGCCAUAUAUCGGCUUAUCACUUAUCAGUGGUCGGCGAUAAUUUAUUAUUGCUUAUCAGUCGGCAUGGCGAACGGUUGACUACUUGAUUCAUUGAUUGUUGAGUACGGCUUGAACAUUUUAACUUUUAAACGGUUGGAACUUAAAACUUUAUUAAAAUACAGGUUGGACAUCGGCCUGUAGGCUGCAGUCGGCACUCUUUCAGUUGUUCAUCAAUCAUUGGUGGUCGAUGUCUCUGAAGAUUGAAAACUGACACCGCCUUCAAAAUAUACACUCGUGUCCGUGACUCCGUCGGUGGAACGAUAGAAAUUAUGAGUAACUACGCUAUGGACGUCGAUGUGGCAAAAGUCGGUUGUCUCGUUCCAAAAAUGGACGACGUUAAAAAAGAGCUCCUCGUCAGCAUGAACGAACUGUAUGCUCGAGGUCUGAAAACCAGCUGCCAGUGGUCUGCAGAUCUUCUCCUAUCACUUGAGGUCGGCAAUAAUCCAAAACCAUUAGCCAAAAAGAUAGAAGGGUACAAGAGACCAAAAAUCACUCGUAGUUGUCUAACCUCUGUACCUAAACGUAUGCCGGUUUCAAAACCUACAGAUUUAUAUUCCAUAGACCAACUUCCAAUAGCAUAUCACGAAAUGGAACUAUAUCUUCAUGCCCGAACAUGUUACAAUGCAAAAGAAUAUCAGAGAGCAUCAUUUUGGUUAAAAAAUUGUUAUUCAAAUAUACCAUUAUUUCUGAAAAUGUAUUCAGAUUAUUUGGCUGCUGACAGUAAUAUUAAAAACAUUGGUAGUGAAGCAACACCUUCCAUGUUUAAAGAAUAUCGAAAUUUCCUAGACUAUUUAUCUCAGCUACUAGAGUCUAUAAGACAACAAAAAAGGGGGGAUGGGUAUUUGACAUAUUUACUUGGUGUGGUAUAUGUGAAAUUAGAACAAUACGAGGCAGCUGUUAAUAUGCUUGUGGAAUCUAUAAAUGAGGUGCCGCUCAAUUGGCAUGCGUGGAUGCAACUUGGGGAUCUUAUUGUAGAUCGAGUUAAGUUAUCAAAGCUAGAGUUACCCAAUCACUGGAUGAAAAACUUCUUCUACUGUCAAAAAUAUUUGGACUUGCAGUUAAAUGAACAGAUGUUGGGUAUGACACAGUAUUUAUUCAACUGUGGUUUCAGUGAUAGCAUAUUUCUCCAAUCUAGGGUGGCAGUUUGUUACCACAACAAAAGAUACAUUGAAAUAGCAGUUCAAAAGUUUCAAGAGCUCAUUGAAAUUGAACCUUGUCGACUGGAAAAUAUGGAUACUUAUUCAAAUUUAUUAUACGUGCAACAUCAACGAGUUGAACUAGCUUAUCUUGCUCAGCGAGCAGUCAAAAUUGAUAAAUAUCGUGUGGAAACCUGUUGUAUUUUGGGAAACUAUUAUAGUCUUCACGGGGAACAUCAAAAAGCAAUGCGUUACUUUCAUCGCGCUCUUAAAUUGAAUCCUCUAUACUUGGCUGCCUGGACACUACUUGGCCAAGAAUACAUGGAACUUAAAAAUUCAAACGAUGCCAUACAAAGUUACAGCAAAGCUUUGGAAAUAAACAAAUACGAGUACAGAGCUUGGUAUGGUUUGGGUCAAACAUAUGAAAUACUUGGAAUGUUCAAACACAGCCUUCAUUUUUUCAAGCAAGCCCAGCUACUGAGACCGUUUGACAGCCGUAUGAUAAUUGCCGUUGGCAAUGUUUAUGAAAAAUUAGGUAAUGUCGACAUGGCAUUUCAAAGUUAUCUAAAAGGGCGGGCAAUGGGUGACGAUGAAAAGCUUGGCCUCAUAUACUUAGCAAAGUUGUACGUAGUUAUAAAUAGACCAGAUGAUGCUGCAAAAAUGUUUUUAGAAUACAUUGAAGAACACGGACUGGAUGAACAGACUCGCGAUCACAGCUAUGCUUAUAUGUUCCUUGCAAAUUACAAUCUGACUCGUAUGAACUUUGAUCAAGCUUUUCAUUAUGCACAAAAAUGUUUAAACUAUGCAGAAACCAAAGAAGAAGCUAAAGCUUUAUUAAAAACUAUAGUUCAUGAAAGAAUAUACAUGGAAAUUGAUAACAUACUUAAAUUGACUUCGAUGGAUGAGAAAAAAUCCAAGGAUUACGAUAAAGAAGAAAUGCCCAGACAGUUAGAAUUGCUGUCACUUACUCAAAAAGCUGAAGUGAAUCAAAGUGAAGAUAAUAAAGUUGAUGAUGAUGAUGACGAUGAUAGUGAUGAAGAAGAACACUUGUGUAAUUCUAUAUCAAGGUAUAUGAUUUUGGUGGAUCCCAGUGAAUCAGAUAGUGUUUUAGAUAGUGUUUCAGAGUAAUUUAAGUUUGUAAAAUACUAUAAACUAAAGUUUUGAAAUAGAUUAUUUUAAUAUUUUAAUUUUAUUAUGAUUAAUUUUGUUCCAAUUAAAAAAAUUCAAGAUUUUCAAGAAGAAAAAUUUAAUAAGUAUCGACAGGAAUUAGUUUCGUUCAAUCGUGCUGACUCGUAUUGAAAUCUGAGUCCUAUACGGUGGGUACAUAUCACUUGUAUAUUAUUACUUGUAACUUCUUGAACACUCAAAAUUGACCCGAUACGUAUCGAUACACUCCAAUAUUUUUUCCUUAAAAUCUUGAUUAUGAUCACUGUAUUUUUUUUAUUAAAUAUCUAUAUUUUAUGUCAAUAAGACUGAUAAAGUAUUCAUUUAAACUUUAUGAGUAGUAUUUAAUGUUAUCAUUGAAAAUGUUUCUAUAUUUUCUACUUUUAAUUAAACUAUAUGUAUAAUUG